UUCCCGCUUUGUGAAAUGGGAGCACUCCACGCGCUGGGGCAGCAGAGAGAGCCGCAGUGGUCCUGGGGUCUGUUCCGUUCUGCAGCCCCAGGCCUCAGUUUCCAAUCUGUCACACCGCCCGACAACCCCCCGAGGACUCCCACCCGCCUCCAGUCGCUGCGGGCUACGGCGCCGGUGCGGAGACCCAGCAAGGACGCUACGGGGCGCUGCUGCGUCCAGAGCGCCUGCGUCGGUGGCCCCAGGAAGCCUUGCGGCUGCCGGGUGGGAAACGGCGGUUCGCUCUUCAAGCCGAUGGUCGGCCGGGUGGGUGACUGGAGCCCACCCAGCCUCUCGCGCUCGGCAGGCGCCUGCGGCUGGCGCCGGUAUCCACAAAAAGAGAUCAGGUCAAAACCAGUGUCUUCCGAGGAGUUGAAAGAUAGCCCUCAACCUCAAAAGGAGUGCAAGGAGGUUCUUAGCUCCCGGACACCAUCCGUCAUUCUUAGCCAGAAGUCUGACUUCAAGAAGAGUCCCAGCUGUUUGCCCAGCUGCACCUGGCUGAGAUGGAGAAGGUGUUUGAGGAGGACACUCACUCUCCUGCAGAGCUGCCAGAUAUGGAUCCCUGCUUUCCACAAGUGGCUGGAGUCUCAGUGUCUCCAGAAAUUCUGCCUGUCUUAGCUUUCCAACCCCCUAAUCACGAGAGCACCAUGAAAACACCAUGAAAUGAGGAAGCCUCUGUCUCACCUCUCACGCCGCCAUUUUUUCAGCUGGUGGUCGAGAUGUUUCUUGAUUCUGUCCAGCCUCACCAGUGGAACCGUUCAAGUAAACAACGGUAUCAAUCAGGCUCUGCUCUGCCACAUCCUGCCUCCCCUCCUGCAAAAAGCAUGAGGCAUUGCUUCCUCCAGGAGAGGGCAGUGGCCUCCAGGGCUGCCCCUCCCUCCCUGCAAGCUGAAGCCAGAGAUCUGCUGUAGUCAAUUUGCUUUAUGGAACAGGUCAGAGGGUCUUAACAGGAGGAGCCGAAGUCUCCAUCUGGGUAAGGGGUCCGGGGUGGGGGCAAGGGACAUAGGCUAGUUCCUGCCGAUGUCGAUGUCGUUAUCUAAACACCUGUGUUUUCUCUCAGGCUCCUCGGGGCUUUGAUCCUGUACCAAUGGAAAAAGACCUCAUCAGCGCGCGGCUUCUACCAGAAAGUGCUUCUCUGUGAGCCCUAAGCUGUGGAGGCCAGGCCAACAGAACACUGGGUGCUUCAAUAGGACUUCCCAGGCUGAUUUCCUAUUGAGGCCGGAGGCCCAGGAAGGUAUUUUUACCUGGCUUUCCUGUGGUUUGGGAAAAGUUCUGCCAGAAAUGGCUAGCCGCUUAGCUCUGCUGCCUACCUGCAAAUCUUGGUCUUGUGUGACUGCCAGCGAGGUCAGAUCUUUCUCGUGCUUCUGAUCCUGUUCUUUCCCAGAGGGGAAGGGUCCGCACCCUGUUAGGCAGGAAAAUAGAUGUGAUUGGAAUGGAAAGAGAAUAAGGCCAGAAAAAAGCCCAUUAAAAGAGACCCAGAGUUAAUCAGUUGAAGCUCAGAAAAGCUGUGGAGCAGCUUGGCCUGGAAUGUUUGAAUAUUCCCCA